AUCACAUGACCCCCCGCAGCCACUCCUGCGCCGCCCUCCCUCCCCACGUGAUGCGGGAGGCUCCCGCUCGCCUCAAGAUGGCGGCGCCCAGGCCUGGCCUCAGCGCAGUUGUUGAAGCUUUAUUGUUCCCGCCGUGGGCGCCCGGCCAGGCCCCGUGUCCGCCGCGGCGCGCCCAAUAAAGCUGGUUCUUGUAAAAGCAGUGUGAAGGUGGAAGAGGCCAAGAGGCCGCUGGAGCCAUGGAUCUUCCCAAUUACAGCAGACAGUUGCUACAACAGCUGUAUGCUCUCUGCAAAGAACAGCAGUUCUGUGACUGCACCAUCUUUAUUGGAACUGUGCAUUUCAGAGCACAUAAGCUUGUGCUUGCUGCUGCCAGUCUGCUCUUUAAGUCUGUUCUGGAUAGCACGGAUACCAUCUCCAUUGAUGCUUCUGUGGUGGCUCCUGAUGAGUUUGCUCUCCUACUAGAAAUGAUGUAUACUGGCAAGCUCCCGCUUGGCAAACACAACUUUACCAAAGUCAUUUCUGUGGCGGACAGUCUGCAGAUGUUUGACGUGGCCGUUAGCUGCAAAAACCUCCUCAGAGACCUCAUCAGCUGUUCUGCUCAGGAGCAGGUAGCGAGGGACACCUCUGGUCUGACAGAGCCAUCUGGAUCUAUCGAAGCUAGCGAUUCAGCCCAAACCAAAAGCCCUCCUGCUGAUGGUAUGACAGAGGCUCAGCCUCCAGAAGAGGUUCCAGUGUCUCCUGGCCCUGCAGAAUCUGAAGUGGAAGCUGUCACCUCUGCCUCUGUGCAGGAAAUUAUCAUGAAUCACACCUUUGUGCAGGAGGAGGUUCUGGAAGAGGAAAACCCAAGUGACUCCAGAUCCCUUGAUGAGGAUGCACAUGCCCCUGCUGACCCCCAAUCUCCUGCUAGACUGGAGAGCUGUGAAGAAGUGGUUGCUGAGCCUCUGGAGAAGAAAGAAAGAGUUGGUGAUCCAGAGUCAGGGAGCAAAAGCUGUAAACUGGAUUUCCUGCUUGAGCAUGAAAAUGUUUUCUCAGAGGCCCUUUCUGACACCUCGGCUGUGCUAAAGAGACUACACGAGUGUGGAGAGCUUGACGUCUCUCAGAAGGAGGCACUAGUGGCAUGUUUGGAAGGUGCAGGAGAACAGUCGGGAUUCAAGACACUGCUCAGCAAGGUGAGGGAUGAGCAGAGCCUGGAUGCUCAGACUGUCAUGUCCAUGCUGAAGCUGUUUCAAGACACCUGUCCCAAGAUAAAAGCAGUGCUGCUGGAAAGAGAGCAGAACAGUGGAGAGAUCCUGCAGCAAACAGAGAACACAGAACAGGGAAAGACCCUGUCUGCUCUGCUAGUGGAAUGCAGGGAGGAGUUGAUCCAGAGCAUAACACAGCUGAGCCCCAUCAUCGAGUUCCUCGAAACAGCAGAGGAAGGAUUCCUGACGAGUUUGGAAAAGCAGGUGAUUCUGGAUUGCUGUGAAGGCAGCUCCCAUGGUGGGGCAAUGGAGAAUCUGCUUAGGAAGGUGGUGGAAGAGAAGACCCUGAAAGCUGAGAGCUUGGUCAAACUACUUGGGGCUGUAAAAGCAGCAUUUCCUGAUCUGCACCUUCUGCUAGACAAUUUGGCGGCAGCAGCAGUUGUGUCUGAGAGUAAAGCCAAAUGGAGCCCAGAGGAUUAUGGGACUGAACUAUUAAGACAAUAUCAAGAAAACUUUGCAGAGCUCUUCAAAGAUUCCCAGAUGUUGCUGCAAGGGAUCUCAGGUGCACAAAACAUAGCUCCUGGAGAGAAAGAGGUAAUGGAACGGAUAGUGAAGCUUGCACCUGGCGUGGGUGGUUUCAGCUCGCUGGUCUCCGCAGCGCUGGAAGGCCAGGCUCUGUCUGUGAGUACCAUUUGGCAGCUGCUGUUGGAACUGCGAGGGGCAGAAUAUCCACUGAACGCACUCAUCAAGGAAAUUCAGAAGGAGCCAGGAGCAGACCUUUUUUUCAAAACAGUGGCUACCAGUGAAAGUACAGCCAUCAAGAUAAUACUGAGACACAGCAAGCUGAUCUCAGAGGCCAUCAAGCAGAGAGCUGGACUAGAGGACUUGGCUCCAGGAGAAGUGGGUCUCACAGAAGCAGUAAAAGAGCUACUAAGCAUUUCCUCUCAGAAAGAAACUUCAGAGGCCUCCUUGAAAGCAGCUCUGAACACAGCACAGGAGAAAUCUGUUCCUGCCAUCAAGAUCUGUCAGUUGUUAUGCAGCGUUCAUGAGUCUUUCCCAGGUCUACAGCCCGUGAUGCAGGAGCUGGGACACGUGGGGCUCCUGACGGAGAGAAGCGGGGAGAAACCUGGGAUCAGGAAGUGGAAGGUGAACAGUGAAUCGCAGAUUGAAGCCAUGGACAAAGAGGAGGAGAAGGCUGGGGGUGCAGGUCCCAAGGAGCGAGAGGAAACCCAUGAGAGAAGUUCCUCCAAGAAGAGCUUUAUCUGCAAAGCCUGUGACAAGAGUUUCCACUUCUACUGCCGUCUGAAGGUGCACAUGAAGCGGUGUCGCCUGGCCAAAGGAAAGCAGGUGCAGUGCAAGGAGUGCGCUGAGGUCAUGAGCACCAAGAAGGAGCUAGAAAAGCACCAGCUGGAGGUGCACGGAGUUGCAGGGCCGGCCAAAAAGAAAAAGAAGAGACUCCCGGUGACAUGUGACAUCUGUGGAAGAGAGUUUGCUCAUGCCUCAGGAAUGCAGUACCACAAACUUACUGAACACUUUGAUGAGAAGCCCUUCUCUUGCGAUGAGUGCGGUGCCAAGUUUGCUGCUAACUCUACGCUAAAGAACCACAUGCGGCUGCACACAGGGGACCGCCCCUUCAUGUGCAAGCACUGCCUCAUGACCUUCAUGCAAGCCUCCGCCCUUGCCUAUCACACCAAGAAGAAGCACUCUGAGGGGAAGAUGUAUGCCUGCCAAUACUGUGACGCAGUGUUUGCACAGUCCAUUGAGCUGUCUCGCCAUGUGAGGACUCACACUGGAGAUAAGCCAUAUGUCUGCAGGGAGUGUGGGAAAGGAUUCAGGCAGGCCAACGGGCUCUCCAUCCACCUACGAACCUUCCACAACAUCGAAGACCCCUAUGACUGCAAGAAGUGUCGGAUGAGCUUUGCCACCCUGCAGGAGCAUCGCAAACACAUUCACGAGGUCCACUCCAGGGAGUACCACCCCUGCCCUACCUGUGGUAAAGUCUUCAGUGCUCCAUCCCUGCUGGAACGCCACAUGGUGACCCACGUAGGAGGGAAACCAUUCAGCUGUGAGAUCUGUGACAAAGCCUAUCAGCAACUGUCAGGGUUAUGGUAUCACAAUCGGACCCAUCACCCUGAUGUCUUUGCAGCCCAGAAUCACCGCUCAUCCAAAUUCUCAUCAUUGCAGUGCAGCUCCUGCGACAAAACCUUCUCCAGCACAACUGCCCACAGAAAACAUGUCAAGACAGAGCAUGCAGAUAUGAAGUUCCACGAGUGUGAGAAAUGCAAGGAGCUGUUCCCCACACUGGCUCUCCUGCAGGUCCACGUCAAGUGCAGGCAUUCAGGGUCACAGCCAUUUUGCUGUUUGUACUGUUCAGCCUCCUUCCGCUUCCCAGGGGCCUUGCAGCAGCACGUCACCACUGAGCACUUCAAGCAGACAGAGAGCACCUUCACUUGUGGACUGUGUGGGGAGCUCUUCCCCACUCAGGAGCAGCUGGAAGGUCACUACAGAGCUGAGCAUCCCAAGGUGGUGUUUGCAGAAGCCCAGGCCACCACCACGCAGAUUGUGCAAGUUAUUCAGACAGCAGAACAAGGAGCAGAAGGAGAGCAUGUGAUCACCUUGGAUGAGGCCGAGCUUGCUGGAUCCCAGGUCUUUGUGACGUUGCCAGAUGCCCAAGCUAGCCAAGGUGGCUCGGAGCUGGUGGCAGUGACUAUGGAGGAUCUGUUUGAUGACAAAGUCACUCUGAUUUGUGAAGAAACAAAAUGAGGUAGCCUGGAGCACCUGUGUGAUGCAUCCAGAAUUGCUUGGCCAGCUCCUCAGCCAUUACUAUCCAUGUGUACCACUUGGGCCAUGAGAUGCAGGCUUAUUCCAGGAAACUACUGGGAUUUGUGACACUGGCAAAAGAAGUGAGGGGCUGCAAGCACAGCAAUCCCAAGAACAUGGGAGAUCAGCAGUGGGAACUCUUUGGGAGUCAUGGAGCCAGAGUGGCUUCUUUCCCUACCAUGAGUGGCAGGCAGCAGCUGGUGCUUCUGAAUGAUCUGGGCCACAUGUCCUCUCCAGCCCCAGGAGAACAGCUUGUGCAGGAGGAAAGGAGAUAAAUGAAGCACAACCAAGCAAAGGCCUAGCAAGGGCAGAGCUGGGGAGAGACUGGGGAAAUUCCAGGGGCAGGAGAGGCAGGGAAUCUUAUACAGAAUCAGAGGUGUUGGUGUAGGGCAGCAGAGUGAGGAAUAGAUGAACAUUUGUCCAGGAGGAAGUCACCUUGAAGGUGAUCUAAGCUGUGCUGCGAUGAGGAGGACAGAUGCCCGUGGAGGAGGCACAGCAUGAAAAGGCUGGGCACAAGCUGGGCAAAUGCUUGCAGGACCAUGGACAGUGUGAGUCUGGGCGGUUUCAGCCGUGCCAUGUUCUGCUCCUCCCCAGAUGGUUACGUUUCUCCUUAGUCCCCCUAGAAAAUAUGGCCACAGCAGGGCUGCCUUGGCGUCCACUCCUGCAAAAACUUAAAAUGGGUCUGCCAACCUGGCAAAGGGAAAGCCAAAACUUAAUCAUGAGAAGCAAAACAAGUCUCCAGGCCACCUGGGGAUGGCAACUGGUGGUGGUGGCUGGGUGGGGGUUCUGGACCAAGCAGGUAGAACAAAUCAUUGUUCACAAUGACAGGCUGUGGAGAGGCCUCCCACUGCAUGUGUAUAUAAGCUGUCUCUGUUGUUGAGCAGAAGCCUGCUGUGCUGUCCUUCUGCCAUGUUGGCAGUGACCCAGCUUCAAUCUCUCCUAUAUCCCAAGGGUCAACCUCUUAUAAAAUAGGGGAGUGAGGCAAAACCUGCAGUGUCUCAGCAAAAGGCCUUACCUUGGUGUCAUAGAGCCUUCUUGAGAGAGUUGGCUGUUCACCUGCCUCAUAGCUAUCAUCCCUCCAGGGGUGGGGUGUUUAAAACUGCCUGGAGCUUCUCUCCUUGUAAAAAUAGUAUGGGGAGCUCCAUGGCAGAGGCAAGGAAAACAACUUAGGCCAGUCCUGUGUGUGUGCAGCUGCCUUCAUUAGUUUGUCUCCAGGAAACA